CCUACAAAGCCUCACCUCACGCUUCACUUCACUCACCAAACCCAACACAAGUUCAGCUUUUAUCUUUCUCCUUCUUUGGACAUCAAUGGCAGAUUAUGAGCCAACACAUCAUCAUCAUCAUCAAAACCAAACAAUCCCAAAAGAAACUGCUCUCCAAGCAUUAAACACGGUUAUCCAACUUCAUUUUGAGAAAACCCUGGAAAAGAAAAGAGCUAUAGACCUCCAAAAGAAGGAGCUUCACAAGCUUUUCCAGCUCUUCUUCAUCUUCCUGGGAAUCAUCUUCAUGGCUCAGUCUCAGUCCAGUCGUCUGCAGUGUCGCCACUGCUGGGCUCUCAUCACUCUGCUUUCGCUGUCGCAUCUCAUAUUCUAUGUCUCGGUGGCUCAAACCUUGAGGUGCAUCAAUGGGUUCAAGUACCAGAGGAGGUGCCACAAGCUGACGCUUGGCUUGGCUACAGAGAAGCUGAGGGAAAUGAAGUUGAGGAUUAACAAUGGAGAGUUUGUUCAUGGGUUUGGAGAAGAGGAUGAGUUCGAAAUUCAUUACCAGGAACCCCCUGAGAAUUACUUUGCUAAAUUCAAGAGGAACUGGGCAUUGUAUUUUGGCUUCUUGAUCUUGAUCUAUGCCUUCAUGGUCUCUUCUUCUGUUGUGCUGCUUUGUUUUUAAUUAGGUGUAUCAGGGUUUUUGCUUUCCAACUCUUCUGUGGAUUUUUCUUCUUUUAACGGGCAGGAUAGUUAUUUGACCUACUGAUUGCUGUGUGUAUCUGUUAGAUUCUUUAUUGGGCUCCCUAUUAUUGAAAAUUUCAAAUUGAUGUUGAUUAUUCUUAA